AUGUGGAAAGAGAUGCCUUUCACAGAUUCAGUGGAGUCCACUCCCUUGCCUUCUGUUGAAGACCGUCUGGCUUGCCUCUGCCCUUCUCAGGAACUUCUGGAGUAUUUCCAAAAGAAGAUGUCUGAGUGUGAGACAGAAAACGAGGAUGUGUUGAAGAAAUUGGAACUAUACAAAGAAGCUUGUGAAGGGCAGCAUAAACUAGAAUGUGAUUUGCAACAGAAGGAGGAAGAGGUUGCUGAAUUACAGAAAGCUCUAAGCGAUAUGCAGAUCUGCCUCUUCCAGGAACGGGAACAUGUUUUGCGCCUCUAUUCAGAAAAUGACCGGCUGAGAAUCAGGGAGGUAGAAGAUAAAAAAAAGAUUCAAAGUCUCUUGGCUCUCGUGGGGACAGAUACUGGCGAAGUGACCUAUUUUUAUAAGGAGCCUCCACACAAAGUCACCAUUCCCCAAAAGGGUAUUCAGACUGGAAAUUUAUGUCAACAGAAUGAAUCUUCCACUUUAAAAACAGUAAACAAAGGAAGACCAGCAGUGAGAGAGAAGGAAGAAAGGGUUGAGCAAUACCAAAGAGAUGUUCAGAUACUUAAGCUACAGGUGGAGGCGCUACAGGCUCAGCUGGAAGAACAGGCCAAGCAUUCUAGAGAACAAGUUGAAGGACUCAUGGAAGACAGACGGAUACGUAUUGAGGAAAUACAAGUCCAGCACCAGAGAAAUCAGGAAAAAGUCAAAGAGCUAACCAAAAGUCUCCAUCACACCCAAGAUUUGCUGUAUGAAAGCACCAAAGACUUUUUACAACUCAGACUUGAAAACCAACACAAGGAAAACUCAUGGAUGCUUGAAAAGGAUUAUUUGAUAUCAAAAAUAAAACAAUGCAGAGUGCAGUGUAAAAAGAAAGAAGACAAAGCUGGAAAAGUUUGGCCUGUUGGACAUCAGAGUCAUCAUAAACAAAAUGAAUAUAUCAAGAUCCUGAAAGAUAAGUUAGUACAAGAGAAAAAACUGUCCAGUAUGUACCAAGAACAGUGCAUUGCUCUGGAAGAAGAACUUGCCCGGAUUCGUGAGGAAGAAGGCAUGAGAAGAGAGAUCUUCAAGGAUCGCACUAACAAGAUGGGGAGGCGUUUGCAAGUAAUGACAAAACGCUACGAGGCCCUGGAGAACAGGCGUAUCUUGGAAGUAGAAGGCUUUAAGACAGAUAUUAGAAGUCUCCGGCAGAAACUUAAAGACUUGGAACAAAUGCUAUAUAAGACCACACUUAAAGUCCAGACAGACCAGGACCUUGCCAUGCUGUGUGAGGUCCGUGACAGCAAUAAACGGGCACAUAAGAUUCAAGGAGAACUGAAGAACCUUAAGUCCAAGUUGUUUGGAUUGGAGAAUGAACUUCGACUCUGUUGA